AUGAAACUUUCAUUUUUUGCCAUUCUCGUUUUCUUACUUAUCCAAGAUGGACAAAGUACCAUGACAGCGGUAGCCCUUGUGCAUGUUGAUUCUUCUAUAACUCCCACUGGUACCAUAUUGUUUUAUCAACGUGACACUAAUUCUCCAGUUCGCGUUGUUGGUAUACUGAAUGGUCUUAAGAGUAAUACUGUUCAUGGCUUUCAUGUACAUAGAGAUCCAUUGAUCAAUGGUGAACUUAAUUGUACGGCUGCUGGUCCUCAUUUUAAUCCUUAUGGCACAUUACAUGGUCCACGUGAAGCUGAUUUAAAACAUCGACAUGUUGGUGAUCUUGGUAAUUUAACAGCAAAUGAUAAUGGUAUAAUUAUUGUUGAAUUGAGUGAUUCAAUUAUCGAUUUAUACAAUGUUACACGAUCAAUUGCUAAUCGAACUAUUGUUUUACACGCUAUGAGAGAUGAUGGUGGUAAAGGUGGUUUUCCAGAUAGUAACACAACUGGAAAUGCUGGUGCUCGUAUAGCUUGUGGUGUUAUCAGUUUACCAAUGAAAGAGUCAGAUACAAAGUCACAUUCGUCAAAAAGUUCUACAAUGAUCACCGAUUUUUUUCGAAAAUUAUUUGAUUAA